AUGUUAGAACGAACACUUUCCACCCCAUUGACGUUUGCUACCGACAUCGCCCAGCCACAGAAACAUUCGACGUACUGGGAAAGCCAGUCCUUUCCUCACUUCCUGGGUUAUGGGACGGUCCUCUACGGUUUCGAACAGAUGUGCACAUAUCCCUCUCAGAUCUUGAAGACGAAGUUGCAAGUAGAUCUGCAGCCCAACCGGCCAUUCCUCCGCGAGCUCCUGCAUCUUUGCCAGGACGUCUAUCGAGCCGAGAGGAUACGAGGGUUCUACAAGGGAGUCGUCUUCAGCACAGUGUCGACCAUCCCUGCACAGCUCUUCUUCCUGAGCACGUACGGUUGGAGCAAGGAUGCUCUGGAGAGACGCGUGGGGCCCGAGCUCAGAGAUUCUCCCCUGGUCCCGCUGUGUGCUGGAGCGUUGGCGGAGACUGUCACCUGCGCCAUGUGGGUUCCCAUCGACGUGAUCGUACAGAAGAUCCAGAUCGAGCCCCUUGCGAGGACGAAGGGGCCGAGCUCGCUGAGCUCCCUGGAGGUUGCAAGGAAGAUCUGGUUAGAGGAUGGGAUAACGGGGUUCUGGCGGGGGACGGACGUGCACCUGCUGCUCUUCGUUCCUCAAGGAGCGAUCUGGUGGGCAAGCUACGAGCAUACCAAGAAGAUGCUCAACACUCGCAUGCAGACAGUCGACGACAAAGCCCUCAACGUUAUGGCCGGGAUGUCGGCCGGAGUGAUCAGCUCGACCCUGACCAACCCGCUGGACAUAGUCAAGGUCCGCAUACAGACUAAGGUGGAGCAGUCAACCUCUAUAGUGAAGACCCUGGUAGACAUGGUCAGAAGAGAAGGGCUCCGAUCGCUGGGUAAGGGGCUGGCCCCUAAGAUCUUCAUGUCGGUUCCAGUCUCGGCCCUCUCUUCGUUCCUUUACGAGACACUGCUCUCGCUCUCUCGCAAGGAAAACCCUUUCCACAUUGCCACAAUAAACCCUUGA